CCCCGCUCCCCCCGACUUCGCUGUCGAUCUCCUCUUCUUAAGUGCUUAAACACAUCUGUAAUAUAUACAUCCCAACUCUCUUUUAUCUCCUUCUAAGAUCUAAGAACCCACCCACUUCACUGUACCCUAUAUAUAUAUAUAUAGAUGCACAUAUAUACAUAUAUAUAUAAUAAUUCUCACCCCCCUUCCUCUCUGGUUGCUUUCCAAGUAGAAAAAUACUCAGAAUAGAAACCCGUCGAUCCCCAUCUCCUCCUCUUUCCUUUUAUACAUAGAUACGGAAGAAGGAAGGAUCUGUAAUCUCGACCUUUCGGAUGCUGUUCAGUAGCGACUUCCUCACGGGCAUGAAGAGCAAGUACGAUGUUGAUAGGAUCAAGGGCGGCGUCUUCGGGGUUCGCUCCGACGGCGGCGGCGGCGGCGGCGAGAUGAAGAAGGCGAGGAUGGAGGACGAUCAGGAGGCGAGGGAGGGCCGAUCCCGCGGCGGCGGCGACGGGGCGACGAUCGAGGUGGCGAAGCGGCCGCGGGGGCGGCCCCCGGGGUCGAAGAACAAGCCGAAGCCGCCCGUGGUGGUCACGCGCGAGGCCGAGCCCUCGGCGGCGAUGCGCCCCCACAUCCUCGAGAUCCCCGGCGGCCACGACGUCGCCGACGCCCUCGCCGCCUUCGCGCGCCGGCGCGGCCGCGGCGUCUCCGUCCUCAGCGCCAGCGGCGCCGUCGCCAACGUCACCCUGCGCCAGCCCUCCUCCUCGCCGUCUCCGGCGCCGGGCGCGGCGGGGGCCACCGUGGGCUUCCGCGGCCGGUUCGAGAUCCUGUCGAUGUCGGCGGCGUUCCUCCCCCCCGCGGUGGCGGCGCUCUCCCCCGCGUCGGCGGCGGCGGGGCUGUCGAUCUCGCUGGCGGGUCCGCAGGGGCAGGUGGUGGGGGGCACGGUCGCGGGCCCGCUGGUGGCCGCGGGGACGGUCACGGUGGUGGCCGCCGCCUUCUCCAACCCCACCUUCCACCGCCUCCCCGCCGAGGACGACGCCUCCGCCUCCGCCUCCCUCUCCCUCUCCGGCGACGCCGACAGCCACCACGACCGCGAAAUCCCCGACCACCACCACCCCCACCACCACCACCGCCACCCCCCGCCGCAGCCGAUGGCGCCGGGGGAUCAGUCGUGCGGGAUGUCCAUCUACAGCGGCCACCUCCCCUCGGAUGUCAUUUGGGCGCCCACCGCCCGCCCUCCGCCUCCGCCGCCUUAUUAAUUAAUUCCCCCGAAUCACUCCCUCGUCAUAUCGUGUCUUCCUCCGAUCUCUCUCUUUCUCUCUCGCCUCUCGCCUCUCGCCUCUCGCCUCUCGCCUCCCUCAAUAAUGUAAGAUCGCUGCUGCUUCUCUACUUCGUUUCUUAUUUCAUAGUGCUAAGAAGAUAGGCUUCUACCAGUAGUACAUGUAGCUUGCGUAGACUUAGUGCAUUUGUUUGUUGCUGUAGUUUUUCUUUAUAUUUUAUAGCCACUUCGCUCGAACAUCUUAUAUAUGUAUAUGACUUCACGUUGCCGCUUCAAUCUUGAGGUAGUGCGUGGUGUUCUUUCCUCUUUUCUUUGUUUUUCCUCUCCAUGCGUGUUUGUCGGCGACACUGGAGGUCUUACUUUUGAGCAUUAAUUCGACGGAUUUGAAUACUACAGAGGGAGGAUAUAAUUGAGAUAGGGGUUCGAAGAUAGAUUAUGAAA